AUGUGUCACUCGCUGUACACUGUGCAUUGGAAAACAGGAAAAUCCGCGCGUUUUUCUAGAUUUUUGCAAUGUUGACGAAUAUUCUUGUAAAACAGUGUGAUAAUUAUUAAAGGAUGACGAUAUUCCAUGACGAAAUUGAAAUUGAAGACUUCGAUUAUGACGAAGAGGAGGAAAUGUACUACUAUCCUUGUCCAUGCGGCGACAGAUUUCAAAUUAGUAAGGAGGAGCUCAUGGCUGGGGAGGAAGUAGCGACAUGUCCGAGCUGUUCACUUGUUGUCAAAGUUAUAUAUGAUCUGGAGAAGUUCAAAGCAGAGGCAGAAGAAGUGCAUAAUGAGGAGGCGAACAAGGAAGUUGUGAAAGCCUAGUGCUUACUGUGAGACAAGACCAAGAAGUUGUGGCAAGUGUGAGUCACAGGGAGACAAAUAUGGCAUGAUGCAGAUAGGAUGUCAGUACUGCCAGCCAAUCAAUGUUGCUAGUGAAGGCAAUGUCUUUUGUUGUGAUUGUUAUGCUGUAUAAUAAAUAAAAUCAUUUUUAUGUAUAUAUUUAAUAUUAUAUUACAGUUACAUAAAGUCAGUAUAUUAUAGUGUUUAUACAAUUUUAUUUCAUUUUGUGAAAUAUAAUUCAGCUCAACACCAAAUACAAUAAAACAAUCUUAUGCAAAUCCAUUAUAAUAAAUAUUUUUUUUAAAUAAAAAGUUUAAUACUUAACGAGUACUACAUAAUGUUAUUUGAAUAAGUAAUUAUCUAUAAUAAUGCAGAUUGACUAGCUACGGAAUGCUCCUACCAAAUAAUCCACACGGCCACCGCUUGACACAACGCUACUCAUAAAGUUUAUUUAAAUAUUGUCAUAUCAAGUAUACAGUACUUUAAAUAUACUGUGGAAAACUUGAACAAACUGUUCAGUACCACAAUUACAAGUAUGUCACAUUUAUAUGUGUUUACAAAUACAUACAUAAUUCUCAACAUUACCUUGCUAUUUACUAGUGUGAAUGUUAAAAUAUUGGAAUUCAUAUUUAUAGAAAAGCUAAUUUGAACACAGCGGCCAAUUUAAUGGAAGGAUAUAUUGAGCUAUUAUAAAUGUUCAUAAACAAAUUGUACUAACUUAGAUAACUAUUCAAAUAUAUCCAUUUUAAUAUUAAAAGCAUUUUGUCGUUAUGAGUAAAAUGACAAAUCAUUUUGUCACAAUUUUUUUCUAAACAUUUUAAGUUUCAUUUUCCCUUUUUUUUGACAUAAAAGCAAUAAAGUACUUUUCUCCAAAUAGGAAUAUACUGCGUACAUAUUUAAAAUUUACUAACAAUAUCUAAGGAAAUUAUAUUAAUUUACAUAAACACUCAAGUACAAGGUAAUUACACUAAAUAUUAAUAUAACACUACAAGCCAAAGCAGUCAAAAAAUAUCACAAAUUUUUGUCACAAAAAAAAGCACACAAAUAUAGUCUAUAAAAAUAUAUUUUGAGAUGCUAGUCAAGUGGCAAAUUUUCUAAUAUCUAUUUUUAAUGUGUUAAGCAAGGUUAUAUAGAUUUUGAAUUUAAUAUAUAAAACACUAUACCUAGUCUCGGCAGUUCCAGCCUGGCCAUACUUUCCAUCAGUUUAAACAGACCAAAUCUUUAUUUUAGUGCUUUCGGUGGUUAAUGAGAUCAAAAGACAAUUAAAUAUAAUACUUAUAUAUGAAAUGGAUGCAA